AUGAACCCAGGUACUAUAUUUGAAUUGGAGUUGGAUGAUAGCAAGUACUUCAAAUAUGUCUUCAUGGCCAUGGGUCAAUCAAUUAGAGGUUUUAUGUGUUGCAUUCGACCAGUUUUGGUUAUUGACGGGGCACACCUUAAAGGGAAUUACGGAGGUGUAUUACUAUCUGCUUCUGCUGUUGAUGCGAAUAACCAAAUAUACCCAGUUGCAUUUGCAAUAGUCGGGAGUGAGAGUGUCGCAUCAUGGGUAUGGUUUAUGACUCAAUUGAAGAGUGUUGUCGACACCGUUCAGAACUUGGUCUUCAUUUCUGAUCGACAUGCCAGCAUUUGUAAAGCGAUUGAUGAAGUAUUUCCUAUUGCAUUUCAUUGCUUUUGUAUACAUCAUCUAAAGAUGAACUUGCUGGCCAAAUUUAAAACGCCCGCGCUGGAGACAUUAUUUUUUAAGGCUGCGAAGGCAUUUCACGAGUUAUAUUUCAAUGAGAACUGGGUCCAACUGUGCGCACACCCAGGAGUUAGGGAAUAUCUUGAAGCUAUAGGAAAGGAACGAUGGGCUCGCUGCUUUCAGACGAAACUAAGAUACUCACAAAUGACCACUAAUAUUGCAGAGUCCGUUAAUGCCCUUUCAGGCAUGCACAGGUGGUUCUACGAACGUCAGACGCUUGCUUCUUCACGUCAGAGUACGUUGUCUGACUACGCAGAGGAAAUGAUUGCCGAAGCUGCGGAUAAUUCACGGAGACACAUUGUGAUGAACAUCGACCAGUUUAAUUUUGAGGUACGCGACGGGAACCUGAAUGGGGACGUUGACUUGCAAUCGCAGACGUGUACUUGUCGGGAAUUCGAUUAUUUUAAAGUCUUGUGCUCCCAUGCUAUUGCUGCAGCCAAUUCUCGUAGCAUAAAUCCGUACACACUAUGCGAUGAGGCGUACACAGUCAACAGUUGGAUGUUGGCAUUUGCAGAACCAAUAUUUCAAGUGGGUUCAUCCACAACAUGGAAGAGUUCUCCGGGGUUUGUGAAUAUCGAUGUUCAACCACCGAAGAAGGUCGUUAGGGUUGGACGGCGACAGACGGUGAGGAUUCCUUCCACAGGCGAGGUCCGUCCACCACGCAAGUGCAGUCGAUGUGGUACAUCGGGACACAAUCGUAAAACUUGUCGCGAACCACUAAAUACUGUGUAG